AUGCAGGCUGAAGAAAUCUCAGCCGACCCCAAUGGCUCCCCAACACUGUAAGUUUACUGUACAUGGAACAGUUUCUGUGAAAUAUAUAUUUCUCAUUAUGUCAAGGCAUUGAAUGGGAUCUGAUUCAUUUAGUCAUUCAUAACAGCAUGGUUUUGCUUCUAGGUUGUCCGUCAUAAACAGUCCAGAACUUGACUCCAUCCACACAGAUUUCAAGUAAGUUAUCCCUUCUGUCAAUUUCUGUACCCUAGGCAUGUUUGACAACAGAAUUCUAUUGAUAGACUUUCGUUGGGCAAAAUACAUAUUACAUUUUGGUUAAUCUACCCCUGCACUGAAAAUAUUUUUCUGUGUCAGGAUUUCUAUGGGUUACAAUAUUAUGUUACUCACACAACAGUCCCUAUUCAAAUAGUUUCCAUCCCUUGUGCUCACCUUUUUUUCUAAAUGGCCUAAAUUUUGUCCCCCUGUUUCAGGUUACAGUUACCAGACAACAAAGAUUCACUCAACUCUACAGAACCAUUGAACACGUAAGUCUCAGAGUCAAUGGCUGAUGGCUGGGUGAUAUACAGGGUUGAGUAGUUAGAGCAGGGGUGUCAAACUCAUUUUAGCUCAGGGGCCACAUGGAGGAAAAUCUAUUCCCAAGUGGGCCGGACCGGAAAAAUCAUGGUAUAUAUAACUUAAAAACAACAACUUCAGAUUGUUUUCUUUGUUUUAAUAUGAUCAACAUACAACAUAAAGCUGGAGCCUGAGGACAGUGUGUCCAAAAUAGUACAAGCACAACAUCACUAUUAAUCAUAAAACACGUCAAGUUUAUUUGAAAAUUCUAAAGAAAAAGAACACACAAACACACAAUGCCUCAGUGAUUAACAGAACUGUUUCACAGAUCACAGAACUAUAUCAGGGUGUCAUUUCUCAGGCAGAAAUGUAGAUAAAAAUAAUGAAAUCCUGUUCCCCAAACAAGUGCAAGAACCACAGAGUCAAGAAUAGGUUAAAUAUACAAAUAAAAUAAAAUCAAUUAAAAACAAUAGCACAUCAACAUAAAAACAUAUAAACAUAAAGCUGGAGUCUGAGGACAGUGUCCAAAAGCACAAGAUGACUAUUAAUCAUAAAACACCUCAAGUUAUUUGAAAGUUCUGAGGACAAAGAACACACAAACACACAAUGCCUCAGUGAUUCACAGAAGUAUAUCACAGAUCACAGAACUAUAUCAGGGUGUCAUUUCUCAGGCAGAAAUGUAGAUAAAAAUAAUGAAAUCCUGUUCCCCAAACAAGUGCAAGAACCACAGAGUCAAGAAUAGGUUAAAUAUACAAAUAAAAUAAAAUCAAUUAAAAACAAUAGCACAUCAACAUAAAAACAUAUAAACAUAAAUCUGAAAGCGUUGCUCAAACUCCCGUAACAGUCCCGUUAUUUUAUCUUUGAACCGCUUCAUGUCUGCCACAUGUUGGGUCGCGCACACAUUUUUCAGACAGGGGAAGUGAGCUGCAUCACCACCGGCAAGUUGCGUCUCCCACAAUGACAGCUUCAACUUGAAAGAACGUAUGCUGUCAUAAUACUGCGUGACAACUUUGUUGCGCCCUUGCAGCUGUUUGUUCAAGUUAUUCAGGUGCUCUGUAACAUCCACCAUAAAUGCAAGGUCCGGCAUCCAUUCUGCGGAAUGAAAUUCUAACACUGGUUUGCCCUUUUCUUCCAUGAACUGUUCAAUUUCUUCUCGUAAAUCAAAGAAACGCCUCAGCACAGCACCUCGGCUUAACCAUCUUACCUCAGUGUGGUAUGGCAGGCCAUAGAUGUGGUCUUUCUCUCUGAGAAGGCUGUCAAACCGACGGUGAUUCAGGCUUCUGGAUCGGAUGAAAUUAACAGUUUGGAUGACCACCUUCAUGACGUUAUCCAUCUUUAAUGACUUGCAACACAAAGCCUCCUGGUGCAAAAUACAGUGAAAAGUCAAAAAAUCACGUCCUCCAUUUGCAGAUUGCACUUUCUCUCUGAACUUUGUCACAACGCCUGCUUUUUUCCCGAUCAUUGAGGGCGCACCAUCUGUAGCCAGGCUGACAGCGCGGGACCAGUCCACUCCGACCCUGUCCAGCGCGCCGACGAGUGCGGUAAAAAUAUCAGCUGCUGUCAUUGUAUCUGUCAUCGGCACCAACUCCACGAACUCCUCGGUGACGGUCAAUGUGUCAUCAACUCCGCGGAUGAAAAAAUGGCCAGUUGUGCAACAUCUGUAAUGUCCGUGCUUUCAUCAAUUGCAACCGAAAACGCAAUAAAUGACUUUACUUUUUGCUUCAACUGGCUGUCCAAAUCCACUGAAAGAUCGGAAAUCCUGUCUGCAACUGUGUUUCUUGUCAGGCUGAUAUUUGCAAAAGCCUGCCGCUUUUCAGGGCACACAAUCUCCGCUGCCUUCAUCAUGCAUGUUUUUACAAAUUCACCCUCACUAAAUGGUUUUGAAGCCACUGCGAUUUCAUUAGCAAUGAGGUAGUUAGCUUUCACUGCAGCGUCACUGAUGUCUCGGCUGUGAGUAAACACAGACUGCUGUUUCUUCAGACCCGCCAACAGUCCAUUCACCUUCUCUCAUCUCCACUGUCCUUGAAAGUUGUCAUAUUUGUCGGCAUGAAGACUCACAUAGUGGCGACGAAGGUUAUAUUCUUUCAGCACUGCAACAUGCUCUGAACACACCAAACAUACAGCUUUCCCAUUCAAUUCCGUGAUUAAAUAGGAUGACCAUUUUUCUUGGAACACUCUGCACUCUGCGUCCAUUUUUCUCUUUUUUGACAGAGACAUAUUGGGGCAAUGAGGGUGCCAAAGCACAUAAUGUUAAAAGUAGAAGCCGUAAUAAAUAUCGCGGGCAAAACAAAGUAGCUCAUUGGCUGCACGUGCUUGACCUACUUGCUCUGCCCCGGUAUAAACAGUUUGCUUGCUUAACACAAUUGCUAUUGCGCCAUCCAGUGGACGCAAUUGGAACAGCAGUUUAUUUAAUUGAAAAAUUGCAGGGCAUUUUUAUACUUACAUUUUUAUUUUUUUUUAUUUUUUAUUAUUUUUUUUAUCAUCUCGCGGGCCGGAUUAAACCCGUUUGCGGGCCUGAUCCGGCCCGCGGGCCGUACGUUUGACACCCCUGAGUUAGAGGAAAGGGUAUUGAAAAUCACCAGUAAGCGGGAGGGCAAUGACAUUUCUCCUUCCUGCUGUUCAACAUAUUAAUAAUUCAGAUAAGUACGCCAUUAAUGCUGGCUAUAAUCUCAGCUCCGGUCCAGGCAGGGAGGAAUCAAGAGGAAGACCAGACUAUAUUCUCAACCGUAGAGAUAUCAUUUGAUUUCAAUGCCUCUCACCAUUCCGCAGCAACUGGUCGGCUUUAACUCUAUACAUGUGAGAAGGAGGCUGUUGUUGUGACCACACAGAUUUAUUGACAUCACAUGAUUUUGAUAUCCGGCAGGCAUUUCCACCAUGAAGAGAAAGAGAGGAGGGUCAUAUUGCCUUACAGGUGUAGAGAUGAAGAUAAGAUGUGGUUGGUUCUACCUUUGGCACAGUGUGUCAUUGGGUUCCUUAGGUUAUGCCAUCAGUAUUUCCUUGGGCUACACUACCUCUGGUCUUUAUUUGUUCAAUAUUGUAUGACAUCGAUAUUUGAUCAUUCCUAAGGUCUUAAACAAGCAGAGAGACUUUACUUAGACCUUACCACAACUGCCGACACAACAUUUUUAUCUCAUUUCUUUGAGGAAAUAACUGCUUAAAUAUGGAUUUCGUGGGAGGUGGAGCUUUCCCUAAAAUGAAUUGCUUUCCCAUGAUAAUUUAUUACAGAAAGGAAUGUAAAUUCCCUGAGUCAAAAAGAGCAGGAGCCUGAAUUUAACCCCUAGAUGCUGUCCUAAUGCUCAUAUAUGUAAACACUUCAACUGAUACAGAUCUCAGAGAGCAAGAUAACGAAACACUCAAUGUAAAUUUGAAUCCACUUUUUUCAGGCAAGGCUUUGCAUCCGGAGGCAAGAUGUUCAUUGUGUAACAUAAAUGUAUUCAUACAUCGAAGAAGAUGAUCCACCCACACAUGACCCUAGUGUGUACUGUUGGUAAACUCUGGCAUCGCUCAAUGAAUAAAAUACAAGGACAGGUUUCUUGUAUACCCUAUGGCUGUCAGAGGGGUGGAGAUGCAGAGGAGUGACGUAUAAUGGGGGCAAUGAUACGCUGGUCUGAUGUGUCCCUGCUGCACUGCCUGCUGAAUAAUGUUCCCCAGAGGAAACUAACUAACCUUGACUGAGGCAAAGUCGUGUGUGUGUGUGUGUGCAUGUGUGUGUGUGCCUGAGCUGACCUCUUUGCGCGUGUCUUGAGAUUCACAGAUUUACCAUGUUGUAGAUCACUCCUCCUCUAUGACCUACAUUUAGACAGCAGUCUGAGAGCUCAUUCUGAUAAGUGGCUGGCUAUUUCCAUGGGUCAUUCACUUCCAGAGCGAUUGGCUGUAGUGUAAUUGCUGGAUCUCAGUGGUACUCAUCUCUCUCUCGUUACACAGUGUUCUACUGACUCUGUAAUAGGGGGAACCCGAGGCAGUGCGUCUGUGCGUCUGUGCUGCUGCUGCAGAAGUCAGCCUGAGUCACUGCAGUAAAGGCUUCCUUCUUAGCAGGACUCUUCCUCUCACCGGCAUAAAGUCAUUGUACAUCUCUGUCUGUCUUGCCGAGGGAUAUUGCCGUCUUCCAUUCAAGAUAUUCAGGGAUCUGAAUUAGUUCUGCUGGGUUUUUUUUGCGGUCGUCUGAGUGCAGUAGCCUAUCGCCUUUGGUUGAUGUUAUACUCAGGGUACCACCUUUCUGUGGUGCAUAGUGAAUGUUUUGGCUUAUGGUUUUAGUUUUGUAUCAUUUGACUCUAGUCCUGUGCAGCUAGGCCAGCCCUGCUACUGCAUCAGCCUAUCAGAGAAGAAACUGCAGUGUGUAGCGUGAGUGUGAUGAUGGGAAGAGGUGGGACAGGAGGAGGAGAGUUAAGGGACUGUGUGUGUUUGUGGAGGCGGAGAGUUGGGGGGUGGAAGAUGUUUAGUUUCUCUGUGUGAUAGUCAUCCCAAUCUUAUUAAGGGCUGCGUUCUUCCUCCCCUCUCCUGCCUGCUGCUGUUGCCAGAGGGAUUGACUGUGUCGCGCUGCGCAGCUGGAAAGGCCUGAGCCAGAUAGUCAAUUCUCUUCUGCGUUUGCUGUCGCUCUACCUCCCUCUAGUACUCUGUCUGCCAGAUGAAAAUGUCAGGAGAAGCAGAAACUCUAUCAAACGGGUAAGAGUUAUGUAGAUACUGCUGCAUGGUGAAGUGAUAGGUACUGACAGUGUGUUGAAGUAAACAGAGAGAUGCUGCAUUUGUGGUUUUGUGUGUGUGUUUGAAUGUGAUAUACUGUCACUAGUAAUAAUUUCUACAGUGAUUGAAACAAGAGAGGGUUCUCAAGUUAGAUGUAUCCGGAAAAACUAGACAGGUCUAUUUUUAAAGAUCCACCUCUUCUCUUUUGUCUGAUGAUUUCAUUGUGUUUAGAAGCAGCUUGUUUUACUGCAGUAUUACUUUGUUGGCAUUUCUUGACUUACUAGUACUUUAAUUCAAUGUAAAUUAACACUGGUGAAAGCUUUCAGGAGGAAUGCAGAUAAAGCAAUGUUGUAUCAGUGUGUGUGUGUGUGUGUGUGUGUGUGUGUGUGUUUGUUCGUCUGAGUGAGUAUGUGUGCAUGUUUGAUUACCUCUCAGAGCAAUGAUCUCUAUUGUGCAAUUUGCCCUCCAGAGAAAUCACCAUUGCAGAGUUGCUGACUUCAAUUAAUUAAUUAUCUGGACAAUGUAUACUAUGCGCAACCUUUCAGGAAACAAUAGCCUCCAUUGUGUGUACAUUAUAAUGCAAUUUCUCAGACCCAUCUAUGCCCCUUUUGAGUUUAUGGUUAACAGUCUUUAUAAGUGUGCAAUGUUAAACUACGGGGGACUCCAAGCUAGGCUGAAAAGAUGGGCUACAGAGAAUGUCAUGUCUUUGUUUUUACAGAGACCUGGCUUACGGACAAUACACUUGACUGCUAUUCAACCAGAAAGCUUUUCCAUUUUCCAUAUGGGUCAAACGGCGACUACUGGUAAGAGUAGGGGGAGGUGUAUGUUUCCUCAUCAACAAUUCCUGCUGUACCGAAGUUGAAACCAUCUGGAGCUCCUGUUCACCUGACUUGGUGUUUCUGAUGCUAAAAUGCCGACCUCACUAUAUGCCAAGUGAAUUAAAAUGUGUUAUUUUCACAGCUGUUUACAUACCGCCAAAAGCGAACAUCAAGGUGGCACUCAGCGAUCUGUACAAGAGCAUUAGCCAGCAAGAAUCCUCUCAUCCGGAAGCAGUCUUUAUUGUCACAGUUGAUUUUAACCAAGCACGUUAAAAAAAAAAAAAGUUCCUAAAUAUCACCAACAUGUAUCCUGCCCCAUGAGAGGAAACAACGUGCUGGACCAUGUAUAUACAAACAUCCGUGUCUCGUACAAAGCCAUCCCCACCCUCACUUCGGCCAAUCAGAACACGUGUCUCUGUUCCUACUCCCUGCCUACAAGAAGCAAGUCAAGAGGGAGCCACCAUCACAGAGAAUAGAUAGGUGCUGGACAGAGGAGGCAGAUUCAAUGCUGCAGGAGUGUUUUGAUAAUACUGAUUGGAAUAUGUUCAAAGAUUCAUCCACCCAGGACUCAUCCAUUAACAUUGAGGAAUAUACAUUGUCACUCACAGGCUUUAUUAGGAAAUGUGUUGAUGAUGUUGUACCCACAAUAACAAUCUGGACAUAACCCCAACUAAAAACCCUGGCUGAACGGACAUAUCCGUACCAUGCUGAUAGCCCGAACUGCAGCAUUCGGCGUACAAGGCAAGCAGAUACAAGCUCCGCAAAUCCAUUAUGGAAGCAAAAAGACAAUACAGACUCAAACUUGAAUUGAUGUUUGACAACUCAGACUCACAACACAUGUGUCAAGGACUACAGACUAUCACGGACUACAAAGGCAAAUACAGCUGUGUGGUGCCCACCCAAGCCUCCCUCCCAGAGGAGCUUAACACAUUCUAUGCUCGCUUCGAGGCAGACAAUACUGAGCCAUCCAGAAAGACUCGCUGCUCCGGACGACCAGGUGCUUUCGUUCUCCGAGGCUGACGUGAGGAAAACUCUCAAAAGAACAUCCCUGGCUGCGUCCUCAGUGUGUGCUGACCAGCUGGCGGCAUCUUCUCUGACAUCUUCAACCUGUCCCUGUCCCAGGCUGUAGUCUCCACCUGCUUCAAAGAGACUACCAUCGUCCCAGUGCCCAAGAAAAACAAGGUGACAUGCCGAAAAUGACUAUCGCCCCGUCACACUCACCCCAGUCAUCAUGAGGUGCUUCAAGAGGCUGGUCAUGGCCCACAUCAAGGCCAUCAUACCAGGUACACUGGACCCAGUCCAAUCUGCCUACCGCUCCAACAGAUCCACGGAAGAUGUAAUUUCCAUCGCUAUUCACACGGCCCUAACACAUCUGGACAAGAGGAAAAGCGCUGUAGCCAAAGCUUUUCAUUGGCUACAGUUCAGCAUUCAACACAAGUUUUCCCUCCAAACUCGACACCAAGCUCACAGCCCUGGGUCUGGACAGCCUCUGCAACUUGAUCCUGGACUUCCUGACACCUCCUCCACAAUGACCUUUUAAAAUGAUUUUUUACCCCCUUUACUCCCCAAUUUUGUCAUAUCCGAUUGGUAGUUACAGUCUUGUCCCAUCGCUGAAACUCCUGUACAGACUCGGGAGAGGUGAAGGUCGAGAGCUGUGCGUCCUCCGAAACACAACCCUGCCGCAAACAUGCACUCACUCGCACACACCCACACAGAUGUAUAUACUCAUCCACACACUCACACACACACAUUCAUGCUACACACACAUCACAACUGCUGCUACCAGACUUAUUAUUAUUGCUAAAUACUGCACAAUGUAAACAUUUGCCCCCCAAUCCCCCCUUCCCCAAAGCACGUGUAAAUAUUGCACUAUAAAUUGUGCCUUCCUGUAUUAUACUUAUGCUAAAAUGUAUAUUCUAUUCUACUGAGCCAUUUACUUUGUGUUCGUAUUCUUAUCUUUUAUUUCUUAUUGUUGUUGAAUUGUCAAGAAGAAACCUGCAAGUAAGCAUUUUGUUUGGACGGAGUAUGCCAUGUGUAUCCUGUACAUACGACUAAUAGAACUUGAAACAUGUCCUACUUUAGCACUUUUGAACAAGUAUUGUCUGAUUUCCAUCUGUACUUUCUUCUGGACAAGUUUGUUAUCUUUGGUCUGAUAAACAACUAAACCAACUCUCCAACAUAACAGCCAAGUAAUUUUUUGAUGUGCGUCAGCAGGUUUUGUUUAUUCAAUAAGAAAAAAAAAAUCUUAAGGUCCAGAACAGUCAAAUUCAUGUUUUUCAUGAAAUGUUAUGAUAUUUGGAUGAAACCAAAUCAAAGUAGGACUACCAAAGUAUGAAAAAUGACUGUUGCUUCUACAUUGAUCAAAUCAAAUCAAAAUAUAUUUGCCACAUGCGCCGAAUACAACAGACAAUGAAAAUUAGCUGUUCAGGAGUCUUAUGGCUUGGGGGUAGAAGCUGUUAAGAAGCCUUUUGGACCUAGACUUGGCCCUCCGGUACUGCUUGCUGUGCGGUAGUAGAGAGAACUUUGAUCAUAGUUUUAUCAUAAAGUUUCUGGUCUCCCCCAUGUCAAACACUUGGAUUCAGGAGGCGGGAUUAUUACGUUUUUUUUGUAGUGAUGUUAUGUUUGAUACCAGAGUUCUGAGGCAUGCCUUGAAAAUUUUACUGCAGCGUGUCAGCGAAGAGGUUUCCCAUAUUCAUCUAAGGCAAAUAUACUUAUAGGUUUCCGCUUUCAUCUGUGUCUGGCGUUAGCUAGUUACUGGUUAGCUAGGUCUUCAGCCAGCAUGGAACAAAAGCGGGGGAAGGUUUUCCCAAAACUCGGACGCAGUUGUCAUGUCGUUACAUCAAGAGACAUGCAAAAGGGGGGGAUUCAUACAAACUGCUUGACAUCAUUGAUAGUCAUGAUAUACAGUGCCUUGCAAAGGUAUUCAUUCCCCUUGGCGUUUUUCCUAUUUUGUUGCAUUACAACCUGUAAUUUAAUUGGGUUUUUAUUUGGAUUUCAUGUAAUGGACAUACACAAAAUAGUCAAAAUUGGUCUAGGGAAAUGAAAAAAAUAACUUGUUUCAAAAAAAUAAAUAACGGAAAAGUGGUGCGUGCAUAUGUAUUCACCCCCUUUGCUAUGAAGCCCCUAAAUAAGAUCUGGUGCAACCAAUUACCUUCAGAAGUCACAUAAUUAGUUAAAUAAAGUCCACCUGUGUGCAAUCUAAGUGUCACAUGAUCUGUCACAUGAUCUCAGUGUAUAUAUACACCUGUUCUGAAAGGCCCCAGAGUCUGCAACACCACUAAGCAAGGGGCACCACCAAGCAAGCGGCACCAUGAAGACCAAGGAGCUCUCCAAACAGGUCAGGGACAAAGUUGUGGAGAAGUACAGAUCAGGGUUGGGUUAUAAAACAAUAUCCGAAACUUUGAACAUCCCACGGUGCACCAUUAAAUCCAUUAUAAAAAAAUUGAAAGAAUAUGGCACCACAACAAACCUGCCAAGAGAGGGGCGCCCACCAAAACUAACGGACCAGGCAAGGAGGGCAUUAAUCAGAGAGGCAAGAAAGAGACCAAAGAUAACCCUGAAGGAGCUGCAAAGCGCCACAGCGGAGAUUAGAGGAUCUGUCCAUAGGACCACUUUAAGCCGUACACUCCACAGAGCUGGGCUUUACGGAAGAGAAAAAAGCCAUUGCUUAAAGAAAAAAAUAAGCAAACACGUUUGGUGUUCGCCAAAAGGCAUGUCGGAGACUCCCCAAACAUAUGGAAGAAGGUACUCUGGUUAGAUGAGACAAAAAUUGAGCUUUUUGGCCAUCGAGGAAAACGCUAUGUCAGGCGCAAACCCAACACCUCUCAUCACCCCGAGAACACCAUCAUCGGCAGGGACUGGGAAACUGGUCAGAAUUGAAGGAAUGAUGGAUGGCGAAGUUCUUGAGGGAAACCUGUUUCAGUCUUCCAGAGAUUUGAGACAGGGACGGAGGUUCACCUUCCAGCAGGACAAUGACCCUAAGCAUACUGCUAAAGCAACACUUGAGUGGUUUAAGGGGAAACAUUUACAUGUUUUGGAAUGGCCUAGUCAAAGCCCAGACCUCAAUCCAAUUGAGAAUAUGUGGUAUGACUUAAAGAUUGCUGUACACCAGUGGAACCCAUCCAACUUGAAGGAGCUGGAGCAGUUUUGCCUUGAAGAAUGGGCAAAAAUCCCAGUGGCUAGAUGUGCCAAGCUUAUAGAGACAUACCCCAAGAGACUUGCAGCUGUAAUUGCUGCAAAAGGUGGCUCUACAAAGUAUUGACUUUGAGGGGGGUGAAUAGUUAUGCACGCUCAAGUUUUCUGUUUUCUUGUUUUAUUUCUUGUUUGUUUCACAAAAAAAAAUAUUUUGCAUCUUCAAAGUGGUAGGCAUGUUGUGUAAAUCAAAUGAUACAAACCCCCCAAAAAUCCAUUUUAAUUCCAGGUUGUAAGGCAACAAAAUAGGAAAAAUGCCAAGGGGGGGUGAAUACUUUCGCAAGCCACUGUAUGAACAUUGUCUGGCAGUCAAUAUAUGUAAUGUACCCAGACCUCAACCUGUUUCAACAAAAAAUGUCUAAGAUGGACUAGCUAGCUAGCUUGAUAAACAGUGCUGACAAUUACUUUUGGGCUAGCUACACAAAUUAUAUAGCCAACAUUUGGUCUAUAUUGAUGCUUUUACAAUAACCAAACAAUUUGUGAAACAAUGACAGGAUUGGAUGUAUGCAAUUUUAAUGUUGUUUGAGUUGCUUUAUGUCUCAGCAAAUUUUCUUGACAUUAUCUCACUGCAACACUGCUCACAUGCGUCAUAAGCGUUUUCAAAGAACUGUCAGUCAUGGUGAGCUCCCCGCCCACUUAGUCUGUCUUUUCAGUCAUCGAGGUAGUUAUCGGGUAAAAUAUUGUGGCUGAUGUUUUAGUCACUCAAAAGGCUAUUUUACAUGGGAAUCAGAAUGACUGUUCGGGACUUUUAAAGGUGUUUGCUGAUUGUAGCAACUGAUUGGAAACUGGGCCUUAUGGAGACUCAAUGUGUGGUAAUAUUGGCACCAAGACUGUCUGUGUUGCACUGACAUUCAUGACUGUGUGUUGUAGUGAGCAGGAAGUGAAUGACCUAUAAGCUGCUCAUAGGGUAGAAGGAUGGUAUGGUCAUCCCCAUGUCAUUAGCCUGUGAAGGGAAGGAAAUAAAGGUCUGUUGUUCCAUAUGGAACCUAAUGGAUUCAUUAUAGUUUUUGAGAGAUUUCAAGCAUGGUCCAGCAUAAAGAGGUCCUCUGUAUCACUGAUCUGCUGGAAUGUAAAGGGAUGGCUGUCAGUUAGUUACCCUCAUUGUAGAGAUAGGCCAGCCUCCAUUGUUUGGCUUAAUACAUUGAACCCAAUUUGCUGGGAAGACAUUUUGUCGACCUUGGGGUGGUUUUGGUAUCAAAAUAGUGUGGCAUAGGACCAUAGGGGUUUUCAGCCUGUUGAACAUCAGAGCCCUCAGCCUAAUGGUUGCUGUUUCUGUCUGGGUAUAACUCUGGACCCUAUGUGACCGUUUUCUUGUAAUCUCUUUAUGAAAUGAAACUGAGGGCACACUCUGGUUUCAAAGGUACCUACUGUACCAGUAAAUAUCUGUUGUAAACAAACCUUUUAAACAAUUAAAGUGCAUAGUGCUCUAUUGUUUAGUGCUCUUGUUUUUAAUGGUAGGGAGCCUUGACAUCAAUAUUUGUUUGUUUGGGAUGAAGAUUACUCUAUAUUAAAAGAUUUGGUGAACCCCCACUUAUUUUGAUUAAAUCAUCCAUUUUUUCAUGCCGAGCGAAUGAGAAAGCUGCUCACUGAAGAAGCUGUGGGAAAAAAUCCAAUAAUCUUGUCAGAUGAGAAUAAAUGUGCUUUAAGAUGAUAGCAGUAAAAUAACUCUCGAUGGUAGCUAGAACAGCAGAGAAAACAAUGCAGAAGCCUGCUCAGAUCAGGUGAGAGACUAGGACAAUAUCAUGACCUGCACUCCUCACAGAACAUUUGGAGGUGUUCUGUGUUCCUCUUGCCCUACUACUAAGAACAGAACAGGGCACUGCAGCAGAGUUGCCUGGGAGAGAAAAAAGAAGUGACGUGGCUCUUUUUUAAGAUAUCCGUUACUGUAAAUAGACAGUGAAAUGCUCCUUUGUAGUUAAAGCUAUGUCAUGCUACUCUAUAUAGAGCUCAUAGUCAUUUCACCUAGUUCUUGACAUGAACAAACAUGAUUUUGUCCUGGGGUUCAUUCAUAACAUAAUAGAACACAUUUAGGUCCACUGGGAAGUUGGCAGUAAUAAACUUCUUUCAUUCGACAAUGUAAACCUAAUUUAUCUCAGAGGCAAAUUAUUUACUUGUUUGAGGGGACGUCAAAAAUAGAAUGUGUUAUUUUAACAUUUAGGUUCUGCACUGAGGACCAAUGGUAGGUAUUGUCCAAGACCCAUCAUUAUGUGUUAAAGUAACAUACUUAUUUGACCAACCCUUCAUCUGUCUCUUUCCCAUUUCCUAUUUUCUGUAUCUCAGGUCCCAGAAGUCAGACCUGUCUGUGGCCCUGGAGGACUGCAUGGCAGCGCUGGACCUGUUCCUGAGGAAUGACUUUGAGGAGGCCCUGUCCAGGCUUCGCUGCAGGUGAGAGAACUGGACCCUGGUCGUGUGGGUCGACACAAGUGGCAGGUGGUAAUACUGUGUGCUACUUUCACAAACACCAAAUAGCACUGGCAAGAGGCCUGGUUUCCUGAUCAGAUUGCGCUUCGCCAACUCCUUUCUUGUUCAUUGUCAUGUCAUAACCUGGGGGACCAGGCUAGGCUGGUGCUACAGUACAGUGUACACUCUGUGCUAGUUUCAUAAACUUCACCUCUCCUGUUUGACACCCCUUCAGCAUUGUGUUCAAACACAGCAUCAUCAAGUUUCCUAUUACUCUCUGUGAAUUCUCUCCUUCAUUAUCAUGACCUUCUCAACAUACAAUCUUUUCUCUUCUUUGGCCACUCCCAAACCACAGUUUCUCUCCAGCCCUCCCUAGUGUUACACAACUCAAUGGAUAUACAGUACUUAGCUAAUCCCUCCCAGUUUCCAUGUUGAUCUCCUCUUUUAGUUCUGAAAUGGACAUGGUAGCCGAGUCAAGCUUUAAAUUAAGGGAAUAUUUACCCCAAAGGGUAAUCUUGUCAAACCUGCCAUCGCCCAACCCUCUUGCUCUUACCACGCAAGGCUUGGCAUAUUCUGUCAGCUGUUACCCUGGGGCGAGGCGAUGGGAGUGAUGGUAGACUGAGUUCUGUUGGCAGAGCAAAGGUAUAGGCAUUUAAACUCCCCUCUGGCUUCCUUUGUUUGCUACCGGUAUUCAAAGAAAACCUUUGUGAGAAAAGCCUCCACGUCAUCAGCAUCCUAGUGUGUUGAGCAUAGGUUUACACAGUACUGUGUGAGAGAACAGUAAUAAGAGAAAAUCUAUUAAAUGAAAAAAAAAAACCUGUAGUUAAAGCCUGUGGUGCUGAAAUAGCAGUGCGUCUCUCUUUCUCUCUCUCGCUCUCCCUCCUUUCCUCUCCUCUCCUCCCUUCAGGCUGAUGUACUGUACUGACGCAGUAAGCUGGGCCAGGUAUAGUCCAGAAUCUCUGCAGCACAGCACACACAGUGGCAGGCGUUCUCCUUUAUACUAAACCCAUGUAAUAAUGCAGAGAGUAUGUUUAUACUGUGGUUUGCCUUUUUUCAUAUCACAGAAUGCUAAACACAGCAAUAUAUAUUUGCUGAAAUAUACAUUUGAUCAAACAGCAAGAUGAUCAUAAGCUACUAUAUGUUCAUAGUGAAAGAGACAAAGGCUUGCAGUUAGAUCUGUUUUUAAAAAAGGAAGGCACUGCAAUGACAUCAAAACAGACAGCCUUUUAAUUUCACAGCUUUAUAUUCGGAUUAGACAGAUUCUGCAUUGCCUGCUGCUCUCUGAAGCUACUAGUUAGCUGUUCAAACAUGCAGACUGGGCAGGAACAGCAGCAUGCCUUAUGUAAUUGUCCUGUCCCAAUGAAGUACUUGGUUGCUAGUGUUUUACACUAGGUGUGGAAGUGUUGAUCUAGUAUACAUAGUAAAAAGUAGGGGAGGGGCUGCUAUACUGUGCAACACGUAGAAAUGGAACACACAUGUUCAGACAGAGGGUGUAGCGUCACCACCUAGCAUGUCUCCAUCUCAUUGGCUGUCCACAAUUCAGGCUAAAAGGCAGAGACACGAUGGAUAGCAACUUACACUAUAAAUCGUACUACUCUGAAGACAAGAGUAACCAGCUUAACAGAGCUCCCUCAUUCUAAUGCUUUAUUCUUAGGAACUGUGUCAGAGCAAUUUGACCACACUUACAAACAACUAAAGUUGCCUUAUGUUGGCACUCAACGUGAGCGCUGUCAGGUUGUGGAAUUCACGUGCAUGUGCAUGAUGAGACGGAACACCUCUCUCCUGCUGGCUGGCUCUUUUUAAGGUGGUGUUUUUUUUUUGCAGAACAUUAGAUUAGAUUUACCCAUGAUGGUGAUUAAGCUUCAGGAGUCAGGAGUGCAGGCCCGUCACAGUCUCCACUGGCCCUUGUCCAUCUCCGUCUCCACAACAGUCAACAACAGCAGACGGAAGGCAGGCAGGCAGCAGGCACAAACAUCCCAAUUCAUGGCCUGUUUUUACCAUGAUGCUCUUUUUCCUGACUAAAUAGCUCCUGAUUUGUCUCCCCUUGAAAAAAGACACUAUAUAUACAAAAGUAUGUGGACACCCCUUCAUAUUAGUGAAUUUGGCUAUUUCAGCCACACACGUUGCUGACAGGUGUAUAGAAUCGAGCACACAGCCAUGCAAUCUCCAUAGACAAACUCAGUGACUUUCAAUGUGGCACUGUCAUAGGGUGCCACCUUUCCAACAGGUCAGUUCGUCAAAUUUCUGCCCUGCUAGAGCUGCCCCGGUCAACUGUAAGUGCUGUUAUUGUGAAAUGUGAAAUGUCAGGCAUGCAGACAUGCGACAUUCCAGUGAAGAGACUCGCACCAGCAUUGUCCCAUCCUGCCACUGUGACUAUGGUGGGACCUGCUGAGAACAAGUCAGACCAGCACUCCUGGUUGUGGAAUGUUAGUGUCACAGUGUGACAUUCAGGGAAUUCACAUGGGCCUGUUUCCAAGGGAACAUAUUGUAACUUAAAGGAGCUGGGCUUUUAAAGAGUGUUUGGUCAGAAAAUACAUUAAAUAUACUACAUAUUGAAUAUCAAUUAUUAUAUACUUAUACUUUGACAGUAAGGACAUCCAUACUUGUGCUCCUCCUCUUCCUUUGUUUUGAAGACAUACAAAGGAAUCUUUUUUGUUGAGCCAUCUGACUGCAUUUUGCGAAGGCAACAAUCGCUGCUAAAAAUAGAGCUCAAUAUUUCGGAUUCUUUUUUUCUUCCUUCCCAGAAUCAAAGACAGCAUGUACCAUGCGCUCACAUACGCCACCAUACUGGAGAUGCAGGCCAUGAUGACCUUUGACCCGGAGCACAUCCUGGCAGCGGGCAACACCAUGAAGGAAGCUCAGGCAGUGUGUCAGCGGUAAGGCUAAUUUGUAAUGGGUCUUUACUAAAACAGAUCUUCAAAGUUAUUGUAUGUAUUUAUUUCAUUUAGAGGCAAAAAAAGCAAAAACAAACGCUUUGGCUCAGUGGUAAGGCUCCCCUAUAAGAUCAGUCAAUCAUGAAGAGAGGAACCACAUGAUCUGAUCAAGUGAAACCACUUUGUGAAUUUUGUAACACGUGUUUGUGACUAAACAAGACACAUUUAACUCAUUAACUCCUAUUAUGAAGAACAACAAUAUACAGGGGAAAUCCAUUUGGUUCUGGAGAAACCCAGCCAUUCCAGUGGGGAGAACCUCUGGCUGUUUUGGGAGAUGUUCAUCCUGGUCUGUGGUGGCUGGUUAGCUCCAUGUUCUGUGAGAUAAUCACAGAGCAGAUAUCACCCAGGUCCUAUUAGAUCUCGCUGGCUGGUGGAAUUUCAGAGCGGCCUGUAACAGUGAGUGUGUGAAAAUGUCCUGUACGGACACGCCUCUCCAAAGGGUGGGACACACACACAUACAAACUCCAGGACUGGGCCUGCCACACCGUCUGAGGCCCUGGGGGCUCAGGAGGAACCCCAUGAUCAGGACUCUGUGCUAAUCUGAGCGAUGCUCUACAUCUUAUCUACACAAGCCAUGAAAUGUGUCUGGGCCACACUGAUUUGCAUGAAGUGUAGAUAUCUACGCAAAUACAACUUUUACAGGAGGUUUAACAUUAUCCCAUGGAUCACUGAUUCACAGUGGUUACAGUAAACCACUCAUUAUAUGCUUGUAUCUCCCUUAAUCCAUAUCAUUCAUGUAAUUCCCAAUACUGAAACAUGAUCUGAGUUAGCAAUACUGUCGGUCAAUGUCUGUCAAUGAAUGUGGUUACUAUAUGUCACCGUUUUUCAAUAUCCAAGCACAAGAAUGUGUUGAAUUCCCAGUUUCUUAGCACACAUCCACAGACUGGUGUUGAAUUGUUGUGAACCAACUAUGCUAUGUCUGUCUCAUCAAACACUGUAAUGUUGGAUUUCGUGUGAAAAUAAAAUGUAAUUAAGUUCUGUAUGUAAUCUCUCCCAGGUUCCGCAAGAAGUCAACCUUUAGCAACAGAAACUUCACAGAAGGUUAGAACAUACUUACUUCAGUACAUUCUAACUUCAGUACACACUAAGACACAGACAUAUUGUUUUACCACAAGCCUCUUAUCUUAUCACUCUUAUCAUUGUUUUAUAGCUGUGGAUUCCUAAGUAAAUAAAUAAAACCCUGCUACUGUAAAAUAUACUCUGUUUUUGAGAGAUGUUUAAUUUAUUACAUUUACAUUUUAGCAGAUGCUCUAGAGCGACUAGAGUUAAGUGCCUUACACAAGGGAACAUCAACAGAUAAAAAAAUUCACCUAGUCAGCUCGGGGACUCAAACUAGUUACGUGGCCCAACACUCUUAACCACUAGGCUACCUGCCAACCUAUUACACCUUGAUGGUUGUUCAGUACUUGAGAAUACAGUUUAAAAUGUGUUUCUUGUCUGUGGGUUUACUGUGCAGCCUCCUGCUGAUGUAAUGGUUUCAGGAUGUCAGAAGAUAAUUGUGCUGUCAUUUUCACCUCAGAGGAACUCCAUGCUGAAGUGUGCUAUGCAGAAUGUCUCCUGCAGAGGGCAGCACUCACCUUCCUUCAGGUAACCCACUGCUACCACAUCACCCACUGACACACACGAUCUCUCCGCAGCACUGAUACAGAUUUACAAGUUUAUGAUAUUGAAAUUGUUCUUUCCCCCUUUUUCUGUAGGAUGAAAGCAUGAUCAGUUUCAUCAAGGGAGGAAUCAAAGUGAGGAAUAGCUACCAGACAUAUAAGUAAGCACUCUUGACGUAGUGUAUGGCCUUUAUAGUGCAUUCCCCUGAUGUCUCAACUCAUUAAAAAAUUUUUACCCCUUUUUCGUGGUAUCUAAUUGGUAGUUACAAUCUUGUCUCAUCACUGCAACUCCCCAACGAGCUCGAAGGUCGAGUCAGGCGAAGGUCUACUCAUGCGUCCCCCGAAAUAUUACCCGCCAAGCCGCGCUGCUUCUUAACACACUGCUCGCUUAAACCGGAAGCCAGCCGCACCAAUGUGUCGGAGGAAACACUGUUCAACUGACGACCGUAGUCAGGCGCCCGGCCCGCCACAAGGAGUCGCUAGAGCGCGAUGAGCCAGUUGUGCCCACACGGCUCCCGGUCACAGCCUGGGAUCGAAGGCGCCACUUGGGAGGCCCUCUCAACUCAUACUAUAGUAAAGAAUGUACAUCUGUGGUCCUCUGUAGCUCAGCUGGUAGAGCACGGCGCUUGUAACGCCAGGGUAGUGGGUUCGAUCCCCGGGACCACCCAUACACAAAAAAAAAAAAUUAUGCACGCAUGACUGUAAGUCGCUUUGGAUAAAAGCGUCUGCUAAAUGGCAUAUUAUUAUUAUUUAUCUGUAUUUCAGAGAGCUUCAUACGGUCCUCCAGUCCUCUACCUACGUCCAUGGUGACAAUCAUGGGCAUUUUGAAGGUGGGGUCAAGCUUGGAGUGGGAGCCUUCAACCUGGUAAGGGAACUGCUUCAUGUCGAUAAUGUUUGUGGUCCAGUUUGCUGGGCUGGUAGAUUGUAUAGAAGGACCAUUUUGGUGUGAUGGUUAUAUAACAACUCAGUGUAACUCAACGCAUUGCCCUGAUUGGUACAAUAUCUGUCUCAUCUUCUCACUCGUCCACUCCUGUGUUCUUGGGUUGUGUACAGAUGAUCUCCAUGCUGCCCACACGGACCCUCAGGUUGCUGGAGUUUGUGGGUUUCUCAGGAAAUAAGGUAGGUUUCCUACUGUUAACCUGGUGGCCCAGAGAUUACGUGUGUGAGAUGCUGAGCUGGACUGAACUGGGCUGGAUGGACUGUGCUAAGUCCCCAGUGUCCUGCGUUGUGUGUGUCUGCAGGAGUUUGGCUUGCAGCAGCUGACGGAGGGCUCAGCAGGGCAGACUUUCAGGUCCUUCCUGUGUAACAUGCUGCUGCUCUGCUACCACACCUUCAUGAGCUUCAUCUUGGGUGAGAGACAGAUUGAUGUUACCACACAUCAAAGGUUACCGCACUGACCUUUUCAACUGCCAAAACAAGCUCUAUAGCCUAGUCGCAUUCUGGUUGGUGGUCUCGCCAGGAAAGGGAAACCCUGAUCAUAUCUUGCACGAAUGGACUAAACUAACAUUAAAUAACAUUGUAUUUUUCUCCUCACGGCUUGCAGGCACUGGGGAGGGGGAUGUGGAGGAUGCAGAGAAACUCCUUCAGCCCUAUCUCAAACAGUAUCCUAAGGUCAGUGAGGACAUUUGUAUAGUUUAUAGCAGUACAGUAAAAUCAUAUUCCAAUUGUAUUGGUUUUGUGAAACUACUGCGAAUUAUUUGGUGGCCUGUACACACACUCAUUCCCAUCAAAACAGUUCAUAGUGAAACAGUGUUCUAUACCUUUGUUGUUUUAAGGGAUCUAUCUUCUUGUUCUUCGCUGGUCGAAUAGAGGUUAUCAAAGGAAACCUGGAUGCUGUAAGUGUGGAUCAAUGAUUUUGACUACUACCAAAAUUAUUUUUGUGUUUAGACUACAAACCAUCCGUUUUCAUGUGUGUGUAUUUGUGUGUACCAGGCUAUAGAGCGCUUUGAGGAGUGCUGUGAAGCUCAGCAACAGUGGAAGCAGUUCCAUCACAUGUGCUACUGGGAGCUGAUGUGGUGUUUCACAUACAAAAGGCAUUGGAAGAUGGCCUACUUCUAUGCUGAUCUGCUCAGCAAAGAGAAUACAUGGUCCAAGGUGGGACAUUCUGCAGUUAUUGUAUUUGUGCAUAUCACUUUACUUUACUUUACUUACUUUAUUGUCCCCAUGGGGAAAUUUUGUUGCAGUGUCAUGUACACAUUUAAAGUGGCGUUAAAUACAAAACAAGAUUGACAAUACAACUUUCAAUAACAGUCACGCACCAAUAAAAGUAAGAAAUAAGAAAUAAAACAUUUAAAACAUUUAAAACAAAGACUAGCCUGCUGGCCUUACGGGGUCAAUGGGAACAUUUGCCAGAGCUAUUUAAGAGGGAUAUCACACCUGGCACAAAUGAUUGUCUCGUUCUAUUUUUCCUGCUGAGGGGUGCCCUAUACCUACGCCCAGAGGGGAGUAAUUCAAAGUCCAGGUACAGGGGGUGACUUGGGUCUAAAAUGAUUUUGUGAGCCUUACGGAGGGCCCUGACCUUAAAGAUCUCAUCCAGGCCUGUCUGUUUGUAUCAGUUCUAUAUAGUGCAGUAUGAAGGACAUUACAUCUGUUUCAGUACAGUAAUGGUUGCAUUAUCUUGCAGGCACAUGCGACAAAGUCUUAACAGAAUAUAGAUUUGCUUGUUUUACAGCUUUUAAUGUAUUCCACUUAGUCUCUAGAGGGCAACAUUUAUGAUGAUGCCUAAAGAGUUUCAGUAGUAACACAUGCACAAUUCCCUCCAGGCAACGUAUGCCUAUAUGAAAGGUGCCUACCUCAGCAUGCUGACCAGGGAGGAAUGCCAACCAUUCGGGGAGAGCGAGGUAGCGCUGUUCAGGUAGGUCACUGCAAUAAACAAACCCCUGUGUCACCAUUAUGCUUUGUACUCUAUUCAUUUCUUUCUACACAGGGAUCUUAGAUAAUCAAGUCAUCCUAUCCAAAUGAAUCAAUAUAUUAUAUGUAUCCAUUGUCUAUCCAUUCCAGGCAGGUACAUGGGCUUAAGCAGAAAAUUGCUGGAAAGUCUUUGCCAACUGAGAAGUUUGCCAUCCGAAAAGCCCGUCGCUACCUGACUGAGAACCCAAUAACGCUACCUGCACCUCCUCUGGUUAGUAUUGCAUGGUUUGACAGCAUGUUCACUAUUACAUUGUAAUUAUAGUGUAAUAUAAUACUACUAUUAUAUUGGUGUGGAUUACUGUGAUACCCGGUGGCCUUGUCUGUCCUCUGCAGGAGAUGAUGUACAUCUGGAACGGCUACACAGUCAUCGGUAAACACAAAGACCUCACGGAGGGCAUGCUGAAAACACUGGACGAGGCACAGGCAAAACUUGACAAUAGCCCAAGUAAGUAACACAAACGUGUGUCCCCCUGGAGAGUUGGUACUGCCUCUACACAUUCAUUUAGGAACAGCAUUAAUGAUUGGAUUUAGGCAACUCCUUUCUUAUCUAGUGAUUAUCAUGUUUAGCAGCACUGCUUAGUAGAGUGUUGUGUGUGAGAGUGAUGGGGCCUGAGUGUUGUACGUUGUGUUCCUCAGGGACAGAGUUCUCCAUAGACGACCAGUGUUUGGUGAGCCUGCUUAGAGGUCUCUGUCUGAAGCACCUGGGACACCAGGAGGAGGCUGAGGCCUACUUCACCCUAGUCCUUUGCAAGUGAGCACCACACACACACACACACUCGCACACAAACACACAAAGUCGCACACACCAAUAUUCAGAACACACUCAACUUUUCACAAUAUGACAGUAGAAGAGACCUACUAUUUUACUAGUCCUGUGUAGCUCAGUUGGUAGAGCAUGGCGUUUGCAACGUCAGGGUUGUGGGUUCGAUUCCCACGGUGGGCCAGUAUGAAGAAAAUAAAAAAUUAUGCACUCACUAACUGUAAGUCGCUCUGGAUAAGAGCGUCUGCUAAAUGACUAAAAUGUAAAUAUACCUUGCAAAAGUAAUACUAUUCCUUACAAGUUUAGCAAUUACCUCCUUUCUUGUUUCAAUCCUGAUCUCUGCUGUAUUUUUCUCUUGUCAGUGAAACACAGAUCAAGUUCGAUCACUACUUGGUUCCCAAUGCACUGCUGGAGCACGGGCUGCUGUGUCUGGAGCAAGGGAGGAAGGAGGAGGGAAUCAAACUACUGGAGACAGCCAAGUGAGUGUCUUGGUCCUUGCGCAACAUAAUUAUCUCAACCCAUCCCAAUACAACAUUUCAUUGAAAUUCUGAAACCUGACUUGUUUACAAGAAUUCUAUUAGUAUGUAAAGUAAAAUCAUCUGGCCAGGCUUUUUCAUUGUUCCCCAAUAUUUACAGGCAAAAUUACAAAAACUACUCCAUGGAAUCACGGACACAUUUCCGAAUCCAGGCUGCUUUGCACAAGGCCAAGGCCACAGGAGAGAAUGGGAUUCACACCAUGCCCUCCAGCCCAUAGCUGGUGUGGGCAAAACAGGGCCAAAGUCCAGCCAUCCCACAGUGCACAGACCAAUGCCGCAGGGAUGAGGCAGAGUACCAAACCACCCACUACCAGCAACAAGCAUAUGACUGGCCAGCCACCGAGCUCUCAGAAAGAACCGCAACACUACACAAGCAUAAUGUACACUGAACGGUCAAAAGCAUACAGAAAAUAGUAUUUACUCAGACAAAGAAAAUAUACGCAAUAUAUAGAAAAUACCACACUGCUGGAUGGAGAUGUACAGGGUCUCAUCAGUCUAUUGCAAAAACCUAUGAUUAGAUACCCAUGCCUGAAUGUUCACCCUCUAGCAUAAAUACAUACAUUUGCUGGUAAACACGUAUUUUCACACCUGUCACAAGGGUUUCUGCAACAUAUUUGAGUGGUUAAAGGUAUUCUCAUGGGUUUUGCCCUCUGCUCAGAGCUAAUGACUAAAAGCACUGUGGCCAAUCUUGGACAACGUCUGUCUUGUUGACCGUGUUCUAUGGCAGAUAACCUCCUGCCCUAAUGCCUUUAUCUCUGUGCUUCUACGACUGGUUUGAUUUGUAUAUUUUCAUUUUCACCCUUCUCUCCCCACUCUGAACAGCUCAAGGGACAUUUUUGCACAUUGGAUCAACUGAACCACUUUCUGUGAAGGAAUGCAUGACCAAUCCAACUGAAUUUUUGUGGAAAUAGUGCCCACUGACAUCUGCACAAAGUUAAAUCAUCCAGCCAUACAAACACAUUGCAGGAAUACAUGUGUGAUGGUAGGGGGUUAUUUUGUCUGUGUUUAUUUAUUAACUGCAAUGGCGCCUUUUACAAAAUUGUCCCAUUUUAAGUGGACAGAUGAAUGUGUCUUUUAGAAAGGCAGGCUCCUUCCUUGUUCUCUUCAUGUGGACACAAUCCAACAGUACUUGAACUCAAACAAACAAGUCUUUCAGAUUGACACAGGAAAGCCAGGCUGCCAGUUCCAUCUGUAGUGAGUGAAGCGUUGACAACCACUAGAGCCUUCCAUAUAUAAAUAUACAGCUCCAACAUCAACAUAGACAAGAAUGGCUUACAGGGAGUUGUUGUACAUUAACAGUGGUGGAAAAAGUACUCAAU